AAUGAAAAUCGUCAUCCUUUUGGUUUUAGUGAUGUCAUCAUUAGGUAAGCUCACACAGAGAAACGAUCUGUUUGGAAGAGAAGAGAUAAUCAAGGCUGCUAGUACGGAGUGGUUUACUCAGAAACUAGAUCACAAUGAUCCAACUUCACAAGAAGUGUUUAGACAAAGAGUUCACAUUUAUGAUGAAUAUGUAAAAGAUGGCUAGCCUGAAGCAGUUAUUUUAUACAUCUGUGGUGAAUGGACAUGUAAUAACGAAAUACUUAUUUUAUAGGUGAUGGAAUUGGCAAAGGAUUAACAUUUGAUGCUGCCUAACAAUUGAAAGCUGUUGUAUUAGUUUUGGAACACAGAUAUUAUGGUUAGUCGCAACCAUUUGAUGAUUGGAGUACUCCCAAUUUAAAAUAUCUCAAUAUCCACUAAGCUUUGGAUGACAUAGCCUAUUUUAUCACCAGCAUUAAAACUAAUGGAAACUACAACAUUAAGCCAGAUACUCCUUGGAUCCAUCUUGGAGGUUCAUACCCAGGAGCACUAAGCGCUUGGUUUAGAUACAAAUAUCCUCAUUUGACUAUCGGAGGUUUGGCAUCCUCUGCAGUUGUAAGGGCUGUUGCUUGUUAUCAUGAAUACGACAUGCAAGUUUACCUUUCUGCCAUAGAGAGUUCAUAAGAGUAAGUUCAAUUUUAAAAUAAUUUAGCUGUGCAGACAGAAUUCAACAAGUAAAUCAAAAGAUUGAGGAUGAUUUGGCUAAAGAUCCUGAUGCUAUUAAGGCUGCAUUUGGUGCUUCAGAAUUAAAAGAUAUUGAAUUCUUGUCAAUGAUUGCUGACAUCUAUGCUGGUAUGGUAUAAGGAAGAAAGAGAUCAAAGAUGUGUGACAGACUGGCAAAAGGAACUACUGUAGAUGAAUGGUUUUUAGAAGUUAAAGCCAUGGCUUUAGAAACAGUUGACUAGGAGAGUUAUGGAUCAGAAUUUUUAAGGGAUAUCACUAUCGACUUUUCCAAGAGUUCAAGGUAAUGGACAUAUCAAACUUGCAUUGAAGUUGGUUACUUCUAGACUGCUAAUGUAAAUAAUCAAUUAUACAUAUCAAGCCUAAUGCAGAAUAGUCCACUAGAUCAUAAGAGUUAGUUCUUGACUUCUUUAGAUAAUUGUGCGAGUACUCUUAUGACGUCCCCAUUUUCCCAGAUGAAGAUAGAACAAAUGCUUACUUCGGUGGUCUUGAUAUCAAUGUGGAUCAUCUCAUAUUUUCAAAUGGAUCUGAUGACCCCUGGUAACAUGCCUCAAUAACCAAAUGGAAAUAAGGAAAAGAAUAUGAUGUCAAAUAUAUUAAGUGCAAGGACUGUUCACAUUGUAUUGAUCUUAGGGCAUCCAGUCCAGAAGAUCCCCCUGAAUUAACUCAAGCAAGAAAAGAGAUUCUAGCAACAUUUUAACAAUGGGUUAACGAACAUUAAUUACAACAACAAUAAAAAGCUACGAUAAUUGAAUGAAUAAUAUAUAUAUAUAG